CUUGGUCAAGAUUCACAAAAGCACUUUUAUCCUCUAGCUUGGGCAGUAGUGGAUAGAGAAACAUCCAGAACUUGGAAAUGGUUCAUUCAGUUGUUGAGAAAUUCUUUAGAGCUGGCAGAUGGUGAAGGAUUGACACUAAUGUCUGAUAUGCAAAAGGGAUUGAUUGAUGCUGUUACUCAUGUGCUUCCCAAAGCACACCACAGAUGGUGUGUAAGGCACAUUGAAGCCAAUUAGAGCAAGAUGUGGAGGGUAUAGAAAUGAAGAAGCUAAUAUGGUGGUCUGCUUGGAGCACAUAUGAAGAAGAAUUCCAUGAUCAAUUGAAUUCCAUGGGUGUUGUGUCCGAACAAGCUGUCAAAGAUCUGUUGUGGUACCCAGCAGAUCACUGGUGCAGGGCCUAUUUUGACACGGUCCGCAAGAACUUCUCAGUUGAAAACAAUUUUACUGAGUCUUUCAACAAAUGGAUUCUAGAAGCAAGGAACAAACCAAUAAUCAAGAUGUUGGAAGAUAUUAGAAUAAAGGUGAUGACUAGAUUGAAAGAUCUUGAAGAUGAAGCAAGAACUUGGACUGGAGAUUUCAGCCCAUAUGCCAUGGAUUUUUAUAAUGAUUUCAGAAUCAUUGCACAAGGCUGUCAAGUUCAAGGUAAUGGAGUCUUAGGGUAUGAGGUGGUUGAGGGUUCUGAUAAGCAUGUUGUGGAUCUACUUAGGAAGAAGUGUACAUGUAGGACAUGGGACUUGAUAGGAAUUCCAUGUCCUCAUGUCAUUAAAGUUUUACUUCAUGACAAACAAGAACCACUUAAUGAGAUGCAUUGGUGGUAUUCAAAAGAGGCUUACAUGUUGGUGUACAUGCAUAAGAUACAACCUGUUAGAGGUGACAAAUUCUGGAAAGUUGAUCCAUCUCAUGCUAUGGAGCCACCACAAAUACGUCAAAUGGUUGGCAGACCAAAGAUUAAGAUAGCAAGGGAAAAAAAUGAGGCAAGGAUGAGGGAGGGGCUGUGGAAGAAUUCAAGAAAAGGUCUGAAAAUGACAUGCGGGCAUUGUGGUGCAACAGACCACAACAAAAGAAGAUGCCCUCUGCUUCAAAGAGGUGCACAAACAGUCCAAGAUGUGCCCUUGUCAGCACCCCAAGCCAGUCAAGAUUCUGAAAUCAGUUUCAUGCCCAACUCUGGCUUUAAUGCCUCUUCCGGUCAACAUAAUAGCCAACCAAUCUCUGAAGGUCUUGGACCUUUAAAAUCAAAGAGAAAAUCCAAAGCCAAAGCUACUUCAACUUCAAACAACACACCUUUAAGAGCACUUGUUGAUGAAGAUGAUGAUGCCGAAAUUGAUGAUGAAGAUGAGCAGCCUAUUCUUAGGCCUAAAGUGAUAUCUGAAGCUAAAACUAGGCUUCAAUGCAAAAAGAUGCAUCAACCACCAACUGGUUCAAGGAAAAUUGGCUUCAUGGGAGAUGAGAAUGGUGUGAGUAGGCCUACUAAUCUGCCAUACUCACCAAGAAAGUUGGGUUGGAGAGGUGAACCAUGUGUGACAUCAAAUCAGUUGGAAGUAGCAAAGGAGAACAAAAUUGGGAAGUUGAAGGCAAAGAGGGGCAAGCAUUAG